AUGCCAGCCCCGUCACUACUGCAGUUGGCCAUGGCCACUGCCAUCAAACACGUCAAGUAUCAAAAGGCUAAUGUUGGCAAUGAAGCACUAAACGAUAUCGGAAACCUGCCUUAUAAUCUUGUUCGCCCCAUUUUGCUGAAAGUUGACAACCCAGAGAAGCUGCACGCGAUGGAAUUACUCUCCCCACACCUGGUCGACGAAGACCAAGAACUAUGGCUCGACUUCAUCAAACGCGACAUCCCACAAUGGGAACGAUACGAACUCCCCGAAAAGACAAACCAAUGGUACGAGAUAUACUGCGACCUCCGCACAGACGUCCAACGAGCCUUAGACGCCGACGCCGAAAAGAUGAAAAUGGCUCUAGACGGAAUUAAAUCUGAACGAACACGAUUGACACCUAAAAUCAUCUCGGGCCCUGAAAAAGGAUCGCGAUCAAGAUCUACUUUCCGCCACCGCUUCUCUGGCAUGCCUGGUAUGUCUGCCGACAAGAAGAAAUCCACUAUAUUCACUGCGCCACGACGGAACAAUGUCUUGGCCGUACCUACGAAGCAUCUCAGCACCCGCGCAUCACAGGUCAAGAAAGCCCCGAUAUCGCUUAUUGAAGAACAUCGUCAGCCGACGGAUCAGCCAGCUAAAUCAACUGUUCCUUCUAGACGGGAUCAAGAAAGGGUGCCUGUUGCGCCGGGGCGGUCGAGACUGCAGAGCUCAUCUUCGCGUCCGGUGCAUGAGUCAAAGAGUCCCGCUCUUGCUGAGAGGGAGGCGAGGCUGCGGGCAAUCGCGGCUGGCAGACCACUGCCCUCAUCCGAGGGUACUCGGAAACUUCCAACUUAUACUCGGGAUGCGGCUUCUUCGGGGUCAGCUGGUCUUAAGCGCUCGGCUGUAUCGCCGCCGCCAAGUGCUGGUCUUUCUUCUCAUGUACCUCUGGCACGGAGUCAGACUGAUGGCCAAACAGGUGCAGCUCCGGCUACACGCCCGGCUAUACCUGUUCGCAAGCGACCCGACAGCAUUUUCAUUCAACCAAAACGUCGACGUAUUAUCUGA